AAGCGGACUGCUGCUGUAGCUUCUCAUCCGCAUGAAGGACCUUAAACGUGUCACUAUCGCCUUAAAUAUAAAUUUAACUAUCUGAAGGAUACAAGUCUUGUGUAGCUGUGCUGACUGGAGGUAAACCAUGGAGGACGGGAAGCCAGUAUGGGCGCCCCACCCCGCUGAUGGGUUCCAGCUGGGUGUGAUCAUUGACAUAGGAGCUGAUACGCUCACCAUAGAACCACUGACCCAUAAGGGCAAGAACUUUCUUGCACCAAUGAGCCAAGUCUUCCCAGCAGAGGAUGAUGUCAACAAGCAUGUGGAUGACAACUGUUGUCUCAUGUACUUGAAUGAAGCCACUCUUCUCAACAAUGUCAGAGUGCGGUACAAUAAAGACCACAUUUAUACUUAUGUGGCCAAUAUUUUGAUAGCUGUGAAUCCUUACUAUGACAUCACCAAACUGUAUGGCCCUGAGACCAUCAAGUCGUACCAGGGGAAGUCCCUGGGCAUGAUGCCACCUCAUGUUUAUGCUAUAGCUGACAAAGCCUACAGGGACAUGAAGGUUCUAAAGAUGAGCCAGUCCAUUAUAGUUUCUGGUGAAUCUGGUGCUGGAAAGACUGAAAACACCAAGUUUGUUCUCAGAUAUUUGACCACAACAUAUGGAAGUGGUCAAGAUAUUGAUGAGAGAAUUGUAGAAGCAAAUCCCCUUCUCGAGGCCUUUGGAAAUGCAAAGACAGUCCGGAAUAAUAAUAGCAGCCGCUUUGGAAAAUUUGUGGAAAUUCACUUUAAUGACAAGAAUGCAGUUGUAGGUGGAUUUGUCUCCCAUUACUUGCUAGAAAAGUCAAGGAUUUGCAUGCAAAGUAACGACGAGAGGAACUACCACAUCUUCUACAGGCUGUGUGCCGGAGCGCCUGAGGACAUCAAGAAGAAGCUGCACCUGGACUCUCCGGACAGCUUCAGGUACCUGAACCGAGGAUGCACUAAAUACUUUGCCACUAAGGACUCCGAUAAACAAAUCAUGCAAAACCGCAAAGGUCCUGAGCAUCUGAAGGACAGUGCUCCGAAGGGCCCUCUUCUUGACGACCAGGGUGACUUCAUCAGGAUGUGUUUGGCCAUGAAGAAGAUCGGUCUGGAUGACACGGAGAAGCUGGACCUGUUCAGAGUGGUCGGUGGUGUUCUGCACCUGGGCAACAUUGACUUUGAAGAAACAGGGAGCUCUUCAGGUGGUUGUGUCUUAAAGAAUCAGUCCAGCCAGACUUUGGAGUACUGUGCUGAUCUGUUGGGUCUGGACCAGGAUGAUCUGCGUACCAGCCUCACAACCAGAGUCAUGCUCACUACGGCAGGGGGCGCCAAAGGAACAGUUAUCAAGGUGCCUCUAAAGGUGGAACAAGCAAACAACGCGCGCGAUGCCCUGGCCAAGGCUGUGUACAGCCGCCUCUUUGAUCAUGUGGUCAAACGAGUAAACCAGUGUUUCCCCUUUGAGACUUCCUCAAACUUCAUUGGUGUGCUGGACAUCGCUGGGUUUGAAUAUUUUGAGCAUAACAGCUUUGAGCAGUUCUGCAUCAAUUACUGCAAUGAGAAACUGCAGCAGUUCUUUAAUGAGCGCAUUCUGAAAGAGGAACAAGAACUGUAUCAAAAGGAAGGGCUGGGAGUGAGUGAGGUGCAUUAUGUUGACAACCAGGACUGCAUAGAUCUGGUGGAAGCAAAGCUGAUGGGAAUCCUGGAUAUUUUGGAUGAAGAGAAUCGUCUUCCUCAGCCCAGUGACCAACACUUUGCAUUGGCUGUCCACAGCAAGCAUAAAGACCACUUCAGACUGACGGUUCCCAGGAAGUCGAAGCUGGCUAUUCACAGGAAUCUUCGAGAUGAUGAGGGCUUUAUCAUCCGGCACUUUGCUGGAGCAGUCUGCUAUGAAACUAUUCGGUUUGUGGAGAAGAAUAACGAUGCCCUACACAUGUCCUUGGAGAGCUUAGUGUGUGAAUCGAAAGAUAAAUUUGUUCGAGAGCUGUUUGAGAACUCCAGCACCGCGAAGGACUCCAAACAGAAGGCGGGCAAACUUGGCUUCAUCAGUGUGGCAAACAAGUUCAAGACCCAACUGAACCUGCUACUGGACAAGCUUCACAGUACUGGCUCAAGUUUCAUCCGCUGUGUGAAACCCAACCUGAAGAUGGUCAGCCACCAGUUUGACGGAGCUCUGAUUCUCUCUCAGCUGCAGUGCUCAGGAAUGGUGUCGGUGUUGGACCUGAUGCAAGGGGGGUUCCCCUCCAGAGCCCCCUUCCAUGAGCUCUACAACAUGUAUAAACAGUACAUGCCAGACAAACUUACACGACUGAAUCCACGGCUCUUCUGCAAGGCUUUGUUCAAAGCUCUGGGACUGAAUGACAGUGACUUCAAGUUUGGACUGACCAAGGUGUUCUUCCGCCCUGGAAAGUUUGCAGAGUUUGACCAGAUUAUGAAGUCUGACCCAGACCAUCUCGCAGAUCUGCUGAAGAAAGUUAACAAAUGGCUGGUGUGCAGCCACUGGAAGAAGGUCCAGUGGUGCUGCCUUUCUGCCAUCAAACUUAGGAACAAGAUGAAUUACAGAGCUGUGGCCUGCAUUAAGAUUCAGAAGACUGUCCGCAUGUGGCUGUGUAAGAAGAAGCAUAUGCCACGCAUUGACGGUAUGGUGAAGGUUCAAAACCUAAAGAAACACAUGAAACGAUUUAACGAGGUGGUGAACGGGCUGAAGGAGGGCAAGCAGGAGAUGGCCAAACAGGUUCAGGAGCUGUCCACCUCCAUUGACGCACUGCUAGCCAAGAUAAAGGCCACAGGGAUGACCUGGAAGGAGAUUGACACAGAGUACCAGGGGCUGGUGAAACGCUCGGAGCAGCUACUCUCCUCCAUGCAAAAGAAGAAGCAGGAGCAGGAGGAGAGUGAGAGGCUGAAGUACAUUGAAGAGGAUAUGGAGAAAGAGCGAAAGAGAAGGGAGAAGGAAGAACAACGACGCAAGCAGGAGGAAGAAGACAGAAGACUGAAAGCACAGAUGGAGCUAAAGAGGAAGCAGGAGGAGGAGGAUAGAAAACAUAGAGAGGAAGAUGAGAAGGUUAUACAGGCAGAGCUGGAAAUGCAGCUGGCUCUGGAGCGUGAAGAGCAGGUCCAGCAAACUGCCAUACUGGAGCAGGAGAGAAGAGACAGAGAGUUGGCCAUGAGAAUCGCCCAGAGUGAGGCGGAGCUCAUCACAGAGGAGGGGCAGCUGGACGCAAGCUUGCGAAGGGGUGCUCAGGUGCAGGCGACCAAAGCUGCUGCUGGUGUGAAAAAGUAUGACCUGAGCAAGUGGAAGUACGCUGAGCUGCGAGAUGUCAUCAACACUUCCUGUGAUAUUGAGCUGCUGGCGGCCUGCAGAGAGGAGUUCCACCGUCGCCUGAAGGUCUAUCAUGCUUGGAAGUCCAAGAACAGGAAACGCAAUGAUGACGGAAGCGAUCAGAGGGCUCCCAAGUCUGUCACUGACUAUGCUGAACAAAACCUGGCUCCUCCGAUGACAACCCAGCACCAAGAAGUGGCCAUGAACCGCCAGCAGCGAUAUUUUCGUAUUCCUUUCAUCCGUCCAGCUGACCAGUACAAGGACCCCCAGAAUAAAAAGAAGGGCUGGUGGUAUGCCCACUUUGAUGGACCCUGGAUAGCCAGACAGGUGGAGCUUCAUCCAGACAAACAACCCAUUGUGUUGGUUGCAGGCAAAGAUGAUAUGGAGAUGUGUGAGCUGAGUCUGGAGGAGACGGGUCUGACCAGGAAGAGGGGGGCGGAGAUUCUGCCCAGGCAGUUUGAAGAAAUCUGGGAACGCUGCGAUGGAAUUCAGUACCUCAAGAAAGCCAUUGAAAACAAGCAGGCCCGUCCUACCUAUGCUACCGCCAUGCUUCAAAGUCUCCUCAAGUGAACCACAACAUGCACAGUGUUUGUGGUUUGUGGGAGUAAAAGAAGUAACCACAGAGAGAGAUGCUCCCUAUACAGUCUAGUCAUAGCAGUUUUUUUUUCUCCACUUUUUAUCUAUUUAUUUUGCAGUGUAACAACAUUGGUGUAUCAUUACAAUUUGUCUUCAGUCUGUUUUUAAAUGGUUUAUGGCUUAAAUAUGACACUAUGAGGCCUUAAAAUGCAAUAUCACUGUGAUACACCAGGCAAGCCUUAACUGGUGUCUAGUGUAGCUAUAAACCUGAAACAUUAAUGGUCUGCGAUAGGGAUAAAAUACAUGAGACUUCAAGAAAAGUGUGCAACAGUCAUUCAAGCCACCAUCUAUGUUCAUCAGGAUUUUAAGAAUAGACCUCAGAUUUGAUUAAGAACAAAAUUUUUCACACGCAUGCAGAAUUUUCUGUUUUAUGUGAAAUACUAAAGGUUACAAUCCUGUUGGAUAAAAGUCAAAUUGUUAGCCCAUCUUAUUUAUAAAAUAUACAUAAGAAAUUAAGUUGACCUAAAACGGAACACAAAUGUGGUGGCUAAAUCUUUUUCAUUAUUGCCCAUGAAGCUUCAUGUAGCUGCAGAAUGUAUUUUUCUUCCAAAACAAAUAUUUGAGAGAUUUAUUCCCUUGAAGAUUACCAUCUUAAUCAUGUUGUCAUUUUAUCCAUUCUGUCGCUACAUAAACGCCUCUCUUGACUGAUGAAUACAUUAAAAUAACUUUUGUAUUGUUCCUUAUUUGAUAUGCAAGAACAAAUCUUGAAAUUUGUUUUCAUCCUUGUUUGGGGUUGUUUUAAUGACACUGAUUUUAUUUUUUUGCGUGUCAGCUCAUGUAUUUUAUUAGUCUGACUUCUUUGUUGGUUAGGACAGGAGCAUUUCAUCUCACUGGACAAUCAAACAUUACCUGUGUUUAGACUCGCACUUAUUUACUGGAAGAGUCACUAGUCGACUAUACUGUAAUUAAUGAUUCACUUGCCUGUUUCCUCUGAUCUGUUGUACUUUUGGCUUUUACCCUGGAACUCUAGAAAAUAAAUGUCUGCCCCCAUGUUCUUGAUUGCUUGUUCUUGCUAAGUGUAGAUAGAUGACAAGCGGGAGCAAGUUAAUUCACAAACUUACUAACAAAGCUGUUAGUGGCUCUGUAAAUAAAUCUGACAUACUGUACUAGUGCUAAUAACAGCUAACAAAGCUGGCAUGUAGAUUAAAGAACAAAAGCUACUGAAGAUGUCUUCACUAAACUGAGGCUCAUUCCUAUUAAGCACUGAUUUAUCCCUGAGAGAUUACCAAAAGGCAAAUGAUUUCUAGGGAAAGUUGUUUUGAAGAGGACAAACUGAAGGACAGAUAGCACAGCAGCCAAUAUUUCUAUAAACAAAAUGUCACAGCUAAAGUCAACAACUUAUACGUUCUCUUUUGGGAUACAACAGUGUUUAAGAAUAGCAUUAAGAUAAGCAUUAUACAGUCUAAACCUAAAAUACCACCAUGUGUAUCAGUUUCUAAAUAAUAAAUACCUCAUUGUGAGGAGAACAACCUUUGCCACGGGUGUACAGGAAAUGGUCCUAUCAUUCAGUAUAUAAAAUAAUAAUUAGAUUCCACUUUAAGACGACCUGCAUUAAGUCCACUGUAAUAUCCAUAAUAGCUCACUGUCUAACAAGACACUUUCAUCACUAGGAACAAAUUUCACUCACUGUUCUACUGUACCUGUGUCAGUACAGGCAUCCCAUAUACAGAAUAACAGC